UAUAAUAUUGAUCAUAUUUUCCAUACUAUAUAUACAUGAAGGCUUGCUUUAGAAGAUAAGAGUUGUGAGGGAUGAAAUGAAGAGAGAAAAGAUGGCAUGCAAGCCUCAUGUUCUUGUGCUACCCUACCCUCGGCAAGGCCACAUCAACCCAAUGCUCCAAUUUGCGAAGCUCUUAUCCCACCGGGGCCUUAAGACCACCCUUGUGCUCACCGUCGGCAUAACCAAGUCCAUGCACGGAGAAGUCGGCUCGGUCGGUAUCGAGACCAUCUCCGAUGGCUACGACGACGAACACGCGAGGGAAAAGGACACCAUAGAAGCCAUCCUCCAACGGCUCCAGUCUGUGGGCUCCCGGACCUUAGCUGAGCUGAUUGAGAGGAUGAAAGCCUCAGGCCAUCCGGUGAGCUGCAUCGUGUAUGAUGCGAUCCUUCCUUGGCCAUUGGACGUCGCCAGAGAUCUCGGCGUGCUCGGAGCUGCAUUCUUGACUCAGCCGUGCAUCGUCGACGCCGUCUACUACCAUGCGUACCGUGGAUCGCUGGCGGUGCCGCCGGUGGGCUCUACAUUUCAGCUGACGGGGUUGCCGGAGCUCGGAGAUUCCGAUCUGCCAUCUUUUGUUUCGGUCCCCGGGUACAGUCCAACUCACUUGAAACUACUGGUGAACCAGUUCUCCAACAUGGAGACUGCCGACUGGGUCCUUUGCAACACUUUCCAGGAGCUGGAGAAUGAGGCGAUCAAUUGGAUGGCAAAUUAUAUGCCAAUGAAAGCGAUUGGGCCAAUGGUCCCAUCCAUAUACAUAAAUGCACACUUGGAUGGAGACAAAAACUAUGGUGUUGAUCUAUGGAAGGCAGAUGGUGCUGUCAUGAACUGGCUUGACAAAAGAGAACCUCACUCGGUUGUGUACGUAUCCUUUGGAAGCAUUUCAAAAGUAGGGCCAGAGCAAAUGGAGGAAUUGGCAUGGGGGUUAGGCAAGAGCAGUCACUACUUUUUGUUGGUAGUGCGAACAAGGGAGAAGGAUAAGAUUCCAAUGAAAUUUAUGGAAGAGACAAAGGAGAAAGGAUUGGUGGUGCCAUGGUGCCCACAACCAGAGGUAUUAGCCCAUAAGGCAAUUGGAUGUUUCGUGACGCAUUGCGGGUGGAAUUCAACCUUGGAGGCGAUAAGCCUCGGAGUGCCGAUGGUUGCGGUGCCGCUGUGGACGGACCAACCGACGAAUGCCAAAUGUGUGAAGGAUAUUUGGAGAGUAGGAGUGCGAGCAGGAGUAGAUGAGAAUGGGAUUGUGAGGAGGGAUGAGAUAGAAAGAUGCAUAAAAAUGGUGAUGGAAGGAGAGAAGGCAAUAGAAAUCAAUGGGAGUGCAAGGAAGUGGAGGGAACUGGCUAUGAAGGCAUUGAUGGAAGAUGGACCUUCUAACAAGAACAUCAAUGAUUUUGUAGCUAGACUAGCAACUAAGAAGGAUCUGAAGAGCAUAACUUCAGCUUCAUGAAAAAUUUUGGAAGCUUUUUUUUAUUUUUUGUUUGAUGAAAAUAACUUGUUGGAAGCUGCCUGUCAUGAAGAAAAAGGUUUUACAAUGCUCUGUGUUUACUAGUCUAUAAUGAAGUCAGUUGACUUCCCUUCACUGUUAUUGCUUGCGAUUCUAAAAUCGCGAAGGGGUUUAACUCCA